UAAUAGUACUAAUAAGCUUCUCCUCCGCCGGAAUUGCUCUGUUAUUUAGAGCACCAUUGUUCUGACUUGUAAAGUCAAUUCUAAUCUCUUUUUUCUCAUCUUCCACUCCCAAUUCCAUUUAUAUAUACACAUCAAGAGAGAGAAAACUUCAAAUCAAAAAGAGGAGAGAGAGAGUUCUUAUUUUCAGAGAUGAAAUUUUGAUUUUUGUUUGAGAAAUUCAGAGAGCCCAUUUAGCAAAGAUAUACAGUAAUGCAGUGUAUCUUCAAUUCAUGAUCUCAAAUUUUACCUAAAUUAUGUAACUUUUCUUGUUAUUCAAUCUUCAAUGGGAUUUCUUCAAACAGAUUUUGUGUCUCCUUCUUUUUUGUUUCACUCUCUGCUUUUGAUCUUCUUCUUUAAAGGCGUUUCUGGAGCUGGAUUUACAUUUGUUAAUCGAUGCGAUUACACUGUUUGGCCGGGAAUUCUUGGCAACACCCAAUUGGAAUCCACUGGAUUCGAGCUUUCGCCAGGAGCGGCCCGUUCAUUCCACGCGCCGCCGGGUUGGUCCGGCAGAUUCUGGGGUCGGACCGGCUGUUCCUUCGACCCAGCCACCGGUCAGGGCAGUUGUCAAACGGCUGAUUGUGGGUCAAACCAAAUGGAAUGCAAUGGCGCCGGAGCAACUCCGCCGGCGACUCUAGCUGAGUUUACGAUCGGCAGUGGGGCCGGUGCGCAGGACUUUUACGAUGUCAGCUUGGUCGACGGCUACAACAUUCCGAUGGUGGUGGAUGCCACUGGUGGGAGCGGUGCGUGUCAGUCAACUGGGUGCGCGGCGGAGCUGAACCGGCGGUGCCCGACGGAGCUACGCGCUGGUGGAGGGAAGGCGUGUAUGAGCGCGUGUGAAGCGUUUGGGAAGCGAUACUGUUUCGAAGGCGCGUAUAACUCACCCGCCGCCUGUAAGCCGUCGAUGUACUCGGAAAUGUUCAAAUCGGCUUGCCCUAAAUCGUAUAGCUAUGCCUUUGAUGACGCAACAAGCACUUUCACUUGUAGUGGUGCAGAUUACACCAUUACAUUCUGCCCUUCAUCAUCAAGGUAA